AAGAAGAACAUCUCGUUGCUUCUGAGAAGCUUUGCGGCGGCCAAGUUUAGCUUAGCUUAAAACUGUAACAGAGGCGUUCUUUGCCAAGCAGUCAUUAAGCGCGAGUCUCUCGUGUGAAAAUGUGCACGAGUAGGACAGCAGAAUUCAAGCUGGACGAGGAACUUUGUGGGGUAAAAGAUGAGCCACGACCUCAAUUAUUGGACGUCGUUUUCAACAAGCAGGAUCGGGUUGUAUACAAAGCAGAUGUCCAGCAGCUGAUUGGUUGUCAGGAUGGCCAUUUCCCUCAGCUGCAGUGGAGGGGCUCCAGUUUGGAGCAGGCGCAACCACAGUUCCCCAGAGUGAAAGAGGAAGAAAAUCCUGGACACCCCGACAUUAAAGAGGAAGAGGAUGAUCCGGAACACCCUCACGUUGAAGAUGAUGAUCUGCAGCCCACCUGUGCAAAAAAGAAAGAGGAGGAGGCAGACAUCAAGUUGUCACUGCCUGGUGUCGCCGUGAAAAGUGAAGAUGAGUACAAACUAACUGAGUGGCCACAGCUUCACCGUCAUAGUCCAAAGGGAGAGCCCCAUGGAGGACCACCACCAGACAACCUCAUAGCUCCUCUGUCAGACAGUGACAAUAUGGAAGAACCUUCGGGGAGCCGUGUAAACUGCCAAGGUCAUGUCAAACAGCCCAUGUGCUUUCAAAACGAGACGACUCUUGGCAACAAGGUCAUUUCACAAAGAGGCCAAAAAACUCUAAUCAGCUCAGAUUGUGGUAAAAGUAAUGAAAAAUCAGCAUUUAUUAGACAUAUAAGAAAUAACACAGGAGAAACACACUUGACUUGCUCAGUUUGCAGUAAAAAAUUAUCUAAAAAAACUGAUUUGAAAAGACACAUGAGAACACACAGAGGAGAAAAACCCUUUAGUUGUUCAGUUUGCAGUAAAACAUUCUCUCAAAAAGUAAGUUUAGUGAGACAUGUGAGAGUACACACAGGAGAAAAACCCUUUAGUUGCUCAGUCUGCAGUAAAAAAUUCUCCCAAAAAACAGAUUUGGUAAGACACAUGAGAGCACACACAGGAGAAAAACCCUUUAGUUGCUCAGUUUGCAGUCAAAUGUUCGCUCAUAAAGGAAAUUUAGUAUCACACAUGAGAAUACACACAGGAGAAAAACCCUUUAGUUGCGCUUUCUGCGGUAAGAAAUUCUCUCAAAAAUCAGAUUUGGUAAGACACAUGAGAGCGCACACAGGAGAAAAACCCUUUAUUUGCUCAGUUUGCAGUCAAACUUUCGCUCAUAAAGGAAAUUUAGUAUCACACAUGAGAACUCACACAGGAGACAAACCCUUUAGUUGCCAAGUGUGCAGUCAUACGGUCUCUCCAAAAGGAAAUCUAGAAAUGCAUAUGAGAACACAUACAAGAGAAAAACCCUUUUGUUGCUCAAUUUGCAGUAAAACAUUCUCUCAUAAAAUGGAUUUGGUAAGACACAUGAGAAAACACACAGGAGAAAAACCCUUUAGUUGCGCAGUUUGCAGUCAAACAUUUUCUUUAAAAGGAAAUCUGGUAAAACAUGAGAAAACACACAUGAGAAAAACCCUUUAGUUACUCGGUUGCGGUCAAACAUUCUCGCAUUAGAAAAUCUUAGCACACAUGGGAACAGGAAAUUAAAAAAAAAAAAAAAAAAAAAAAAAAAAAAAAAGGUUUCGUAGGUAAAACCCUAACUAAACACCUUAAGGCAGGGACGGGCAAACCGGUCCUAGAUAGUCAUUGUAUAGUACUUCCCUGCCAUUUAUCAUCAGCUAUGUUUGUCGUUGUUGUAAAGCACUUUUAGGACCCUUUUUUUUUUUUUUUUUUUAAAGGGCUAUAAAAAUCGAUUUGUUUGAUUUCAACCCUACUUUGAUAACCCAACCCUAGUUUGAAACCGUGAUCCUAGUUUCGAACCCUCAUUUGAAUGAUGAACACUAACUUAAAUAAGUAACUAUGGUUUUUAAACUUCUUUGGAACACUAACCCGAGUGUGAAACCCUAACCCUAGAAUGAAACCCUAAAACCGAACCAGCACAUGAUUUAACUGUACUGUUAAAAUAAAAAAAGACAGUAAAAGGUUAAGCAAAAUACUGUAAAAAUAGCUAUGGUAGUAUACUGUAAAACCAAGACUGUUCUUUUACUGAAUUAAUAACAUUGAAUAAAUAUGUCUGAUUUACUGUGAAGAUAAAUAAGCGAAAAUUUUCAAAGAAAAAUAUUGUAAUUUUAAAGAAGUCAUGAAAAUUUCAAUUUUACGGUAUUACUCCUUUUAUGCAUAAAAUUUUUAGCUUUACUAUGUGUGUAUUAUUGUAUGUAUUUUUUGUGAUGUCUCCUGGUAUGGGUCAAGAGCUGAAACGGAAUUUCGUUAUGCACUGCAUGAUGACAAAUAAAUAUUCUAUUCUACUUGGUCCAAAAUACAUUUUCUUGAGAAGAAUUAGUGAAUUAAAGAAAUCUGUUGAUUGUUAGCCACACACAAAAUUUUUUUCCCCCCACGCAUUGUCUGACAUUGAUAGACGUCCAACAUCGCGUCUAUUUUCAUCCUUCUGCUGUGAAUUGAAAUGCUUUUAUCACUAGCAGACGUCCAGUCCAUUUGAAGUGGGAGGGUGGUUGCAAAUAAAGGAGCGUUCAAGUUAGCGUCAUCAAUGUCAGCCAAUGCGUUUUUUAAAAAAAUGUUUUAAUUUCUCUGGACAAGAUGCACCCUAUCACAGGGGUCCCCAUCCGCCAGGCCGCGGACCGGUACCGGUCCGUGGCAUAUUUGCUACCUGGCCGCACAGAAAUAAUAUUUUAUUAACGACCGCAUUCUGGCCGAAUUAACUUUGGCCUGUGCCCCUGCUUAACACAUCCAUAUCCCUGUUUACUCUAGAUACAAUACUACAGUAUAGAUUAGAAUGUCGUCAUCACACCCAUCACUCGCACUAAGCUCCGAACCUUGGGGGACCGAGCCUUCGCCGCUGCUGCUCCCUCACUCUGGAACUCACUCCCAAAACCCAUCAGGAACUCGGACUCAUUACAAAACUUCAAAUCACUCCUAAAAACCCACCUGUUCAAACUAGCUUUUCCCACCUCUUAAUUCUUUAUUUUGUCUUUGUGUUAUGUUAUGUAAAGCGUCUUUGAGUGUCCAAAAAAGCGCUAUAUAAGUUUGAGGUAUUAUUAUUAUUAUUAUUAUUGUCAUAGAAAUCCAUUGCAAGCAGUACAUCUUGUUUUGUAUAUAUAAUAUAUCUAUGUGCGCAUGUACUCCAUAAUAACGUAUAACUAGGCCGCGAGCGCCGCACAUUUGUUCCUCCACACGAGCGAAAAUGACUGGAAAACAGACAACUUUGGAGAGAUUUUUUACAGCGAAAAAGGGCACCUGACGAGCCAGAAGAUGAGCCUACAACCUCGAAGACCCACAAACUGCGAAAGAGUGGUUUCGUGACCCGUUUGUGAAUAAACCGAGUGAUUCGAGCAUGUCAGUGCAACAGGAGGAUCCGCUUGUAGAGAUCGCAAAUGACAGCUACCUUAAACGUACACUUGAGACAAAGUAAUUCCGAAAUAUCCUGACAGCGCUACCAGAACACUGAAAACCUUGCUACAAUUUCCAACAUCGCAUCUUUGUGAAGCGGGCUUCCUAAUUAAUGCUUAACGACAUGGCGAAGGCAUUAACGGUGAGAGAGCGGUGUGUAGCUAACAUGGCAGGAUGGGUCUGAGGAGAACUUUUCUACAUGUCCAUCCACGAUCAAACGUAAGUCAAUAUUCCUUUCUUUUAAGAAAGUUUGUAGUGUUUGCUUUGGAAUCGCUGCAUUCGCGGCCAUUUUUAAUGUUACGCGCAUGCCCAGAACCGCAUAGUUGCAGUUUUUGAUGGGUUGCAAUAUUUGUCAAAACACCGGUCAGUGAAAAAAAGACCCAAAUCACACCGGUCCGUGGUGCAAAAAAGGUUGGGGACCCCUGCCCUAUCACCAAUGAGGUUAACACUCGUUAGACGUCAAAACCAUUUGAACGGGGAGGGUGGCUCCCCACUUUUCCAUGUUGUAGAGUGAAUGUAUCAUGCUUCUGUUAGCAUGAGGAUGGGAAAUCGACUUUUACAUUGAAAUGCGAGAUGAUUUAGGUUCUUUUUUUCACAACUAGAAUACUGUUUUUCCAGAGAAUGUCUAGAUUUCCUUGAUUCACCUACCUGUGGUAAUAUAUUAAAGAUAACGCCAUGUUUAACAUAUUUUGUUCCAAUGUUCUAAGUGGUAGUUCCAAAUUUGUUUUGUCACAUUGACAUAUAAAAACACUUCUGUUUCCCAAAAAGUUUGGGAUUGUCAUCACGACUUCUAAAUUCUAUUUUCUACUUUUCUUUACCGUUGCACUUUCUAAUGCUUAUAUAUAUGUGUGUGUACAUUUUCCUUUUUAUUUUAUAGACUUAGUUUGACCUGAAACACAAAUAAAUGACAUUUAACAAAUAUUUCCUCCAUAAUUAAACUAAAUUUUGAAUAUAGCCUCUAAUUUUAGCAAAACCAAACCUGUACCUCUUUAGAGGCAUUUUUCAUUUUGGACCCAAGCAAAACAAAAUGAUUACAAAACAGAAAAAACAUUUUAUGAUUUUCCUCAACAUGGUGUAAUAUAUAACAAUAACAACUUAAUCCUCUUUGAUAAAGAAAAUCACAUUAUUUAUUGAACAAUUGGUGAAAUUGGUGUCAUGGUUCAUUGUUUACACCUAACAUUUUAUAGAUCAGUGGCCUGUGAUGGUUGGUUGUGCAGCAAGGUUUCCCCAAGGACCAUGAGCAGCUGAAAAAAUGGAUGGCAACGGUCAGUCAUCAAAACAUGAAAUAAAAGGGUUUUUUGUUUGUUUGUUUGUUUUUUGCUAUUUAAAAAUGGGCUUAGUGCCCACAGCCAGCAGGCACCAGCAGCUGUCCCCAGAAGCAGCAGCAUGAUGUGGAUCAUGAAAAUGUAACCUAAAAAAAAUUAUAUACAUUAAAUUAGUUUUUUAUUAUAGAUUUGUGACUAUUAUUUGUUGACAUCGCUUUUCAAUCUAUAUACAUCUCUAAAAUAUAAUAAUGUCAAACAUUUUGGUGUAAAUAAAUAACACAGGUUGUCAUGCAUUGACUUGGUACUCUUUCAUGAGGGGGAUACCUUACUUCAAAGCUUACAAAAUCGAGCUAAUAACCACGUAUAAGCCGGUCGUCUACCAAUGCUCACAAAUACGCAGACUCAGCUUAAAAAGUAAAAGGAAAUCGCUCGUCAACCAAGAUAAAAUAUAAUUACACCACGCACCUACAAAUAAAGCUCAACAUAUACAUCAUAAAGUGCCUUUGAUACAA